GCUCAUUGAAUUGAUGGGGAUUGCCUAAGUCAGGAUCCAUCCAGAGCCUUCCUUGCAGCAUUCCAUUUUGGACUGAUGCCGUUGCCUGCCCUUUAUUUUUCAUAUGUGUUUCUGUCCCUGUCGGUGCCUCAGGCGUUGACAGUGAAGCAGCCCCUACCGGUGGCUGAGCUCUCUCCCUCCUUCUUAAUGCCGAAGCCAGCUUCUUUCAACUAAAGAUGGAAACAUUGGAGUCUGAACUGACUUGUCCAAUCUGUUUAGAGUUGUUUGAAGACCCCCUCCUCCUGCCCUGUGCUCACAGCCUCUGCUUCAGCUGCGCGCACCGGAUCCUCGUCUCCAGCUGCUCUUCCAGCGAGUCCUUAGAGCCUCUUCCUGCCUUCCAGUGCCCCACCUGCCGAUAUGUCAUCUCCCUCAACCAUCGGGGCCUGGAGGGCCUCAAGCGCAAUGUGACGUUGCAGAACAUCAUCGACCGCUUCCAGAAGGCUUCCCUGAGUGGGCCCAACUCCCCUGGCGAGAACUGCCGCAAGCGGCCGCCCUACCGUCAGAGCCCCACCAUGUCGACGGCGGGAGACCGAAUCGCCUGCCAGUUCUGCGAGCAGGACCCGCCCCGCGACGCCGUCAAGACUUGCAUCACCUGCGAGGUCUCCUAUUGCGACCGCUGCCUGCGGGCCACGCACCCCAACAAGAAACCUUUCACCAGCCACCGGUUGGUGGAGCCCGUGCCAGAUGCCCACUUCCGGGGGCUGACGUGCCUUGAGCACGAAAACGAGAAGGUGAACAUGUACUGUGUGGCUGAUGACCAGCUCAUCUGUGCCUUAUGCAAACUGGUGGGGAGGCACCGGGAUCACCAGGUGGCAUCGCUGAGCGAUCGCUUUGAGAAGCUCAAGCAAACUCUGGAGAUGAACCUCACCAACCUGGUUAAGCGCAACAGCGAGCUAGAAAACCAGAUGGCCAAACUGAUACAGAUCUGCCAGCAAGUGGAGGUGAACACCGCCAUGCACGAGGCCAAGCUGAUGGAAGAGUGUGACGAGCUGAUGGAGAUCAUCCGUCAGCGCAAGCAAGUGAUUGCUGUCAAGAUCAAAGAGACAAAGGUGAUGAAGCUGAGGAAGCUGGCCCAGCAGGUAGCCAACUGCCGGCAGUGCCUGGAACGUUCAACCGUCCUCAUCAACCAAGCCGAGCACAUCCUGAAGGAGAAUGACCAUGCACGGUUCCUACAAACGGCAAAGAAUGUGGCAGAGAGGGUCGCCAUGGCAACUGCAUCCUCUCAAGUUUUGAUACCCGAUAUCAAUUUUAACGAUGCCUUUGAAAACUUUGCUUUAGAUUUUUCCAGAGAGAAGAAACUGCUGGAGGGGCUGGAUUAUCUCACAGCCCCCAACCCACCGCUGGUCCGUGAAGAGCUUUGCACAGCUUCCCAUGACACCAUCACCGUCCACUGGAUCUCCGACGAUGAGUUCUGUGUCAGCUCCUACGAGCUGCAGUACACCAUCUUCACCGGCCAAGCCAAUUUCAUAAGCUUGUACAACUCAAUGGACAGCUGGAUGAUCGUCCCCAACAUCAAGCAGAAUCACUACACAGUGCAUGGGCUACAGAGCGGCACGCGGUACAUCUUCCUCGUCAAAGCAAUAAACCAGGCUGGCAGCCGGAACAGUGAGCCCGCCAGGCUGAAGACAAAUAGUCAGCCUUUCAAGCUGGACCCCAAAAUGGCUCACAAGAAACUGAAAAUCUCCAAUGACGGGCUUCAAAUGGAGAAGGACGAGAGUUCCCUGAAAAAGAGCCACACGCCCGAAAGGUUUAGCGGGACAGGAUGUUAUGGUGCAGCGAGCAAUGUUUUCAUUGAUAGUGGCUGCCAUUACUGGGAGGUGACCGUCGGCUCCUCCACCUGGUAUGCGAUUGGCAUUGCCUACAAAUCGGCCCCAAAGAAUGAGUGGAUUGGCAAGAACUCCUCCUCCUGGGUUUUCUCGCGCUGCAACAACAACUUUGUGGUGCGACAUAACAACAAGGAGAUGCUGGUGGACGUCCAUCCGCAGAUGAAGCGUCUAGGUGUCCUCCUGGACUACGACAACAACAUCCUCUCCUUCUACGACCCGGCCAACUCCCUCCACCUCCAUACCUUUGAGAUUUCUUUCGUCCUGCCUGUCUGCCCCACGUUCACCAUAUGGAACAAAUCUUUAAUGAUUGUCUCCGGUCUGCCUGCCCCUGACUUUAUAGACUACCCCGAACAGCAAGAAUGCAACUGCCGGCCACAGGAGUCCCCGUAUGUAUCAGGGGUGAAAACUCUUCAUUGAGGAGUCAAGGAAUUCUCCUUUGCAUCCUCAGGAACUUCUGUGCAAUGAGACUGGAAGGUGGACCUCUGGAUCCUGUAGUGUUUGGCAGCGACUCGCCACGUCUAGCUUGCCGAUGGUCCAGAGGAAAACCCACCUUACGUGGCACAACAUGUUGAGGAAUGAGGAUGGAUAUUUCAAGGACUUUAAGAAUAUAUAUGUUUUAUAUUUUCAGGGUAGCACUACUGAAUUUUCUCUGACAGAGUUGGCAUGUCUCGUUUAUCUCCUGGUGGGAGAAAUAGUGUUGAAGCAGGAAGAGGGGGCGGGGGUGGUCAGAGCUUCCCCAGAGUAGACUUGUGAGAGUUUCCUCCUACUAAGUGAGGAGAGAGACGGUGCGUAUGUGUGAAUUCUAAGGAUACCUAGCAGUUCUCCAGUUCGCCAUUUUGCGAGAGCCAAGCAUAAUUGGAAGCCAUUACAGUAUCUUGAAAACACGGGACUGUCUCACGUCAUACAGAAGGGUUGCUUCUUUUCAUACUCUGUAGACUCUGUGAGGGUGAGAUGGGUCUCGGCUUUGAAAACAUCCUUUACCUUACUUAUUCUGGAGGGAAAACCUUAGGAAAUGCAUAUGAGUGCAGAAAACUAAACAAAACCUAGCGGUUCUUUCCCCUGAAACAUCCACACCUGUCAAAUGCUUUUAGUCUUGGAAGUCUAGGAUAGCCUUGAUGUUGACAUACAGUGGUCCUUUUAUCUCCUGCAGUUCCCAGCAUCCAUUGUGUGCUGAUAUUUUGGCAUAAAUGUCAGAAUCUUCACUUUUGCUGAAACAAAAGCCCAAACCACUUCUUUCCUUCAGCCGUUGGACGGAAUACUUACCAAUGUAUAAAAGGGUCCACUGUUUUCCAAUGCCCUUUAUGUUUUUCUUUUCUGGACCAUCUUUCAUCAUCCAUGCCUUUUCUCAAGACGUUUGUCUGCUUCUUCUAGAAACCUGACAUUUUUCUGCAGUUUCCCGGAUAGCUCAAGUUGAGCUCUAAAACACGCAGGCAUUCGGGAUGGGGUAGUGGCUGUAGUGAUGGGCUCUACCAGCUCCUUACUGUGGAAGAUGGAGAGAUGCCAUCAUGAGCUCACUCACCCUCGGACCUGCAGGAAGAUGGAUCACUCCCCAGCAGGAAAGCUCUACUUGGGCCAUACCAUGUUAGAGUGAGGGGCACUCACGUAGGCAUAUGCACAGACCAUCAGGAAGAAGGGUUCUAGCUUGUUCUUGCUAACUUUCUAAACUUCUUCACAAAGGACAAUCUGGAGUUGUAUGGAAGAAGAUCUGAUUCUCUCCCUACCACCUUGCAGUCUGAACAGGUACUUCUAGUGACAGCUAAGAGGCUGGCUGCAUGGACUGCAUUGGGCCAAUGCACUCUUAAAUAGUCUAUAUACAGCAACCAGACAACAUCUUUCUGGAGCAAACUAGCCUGUCCCCAGAGUGUCCUUACCAGUGCUUCUCUAGCCUCUGUCAAGGGGAUUCUGCUAUUUUGGUGCAAGUAGAAUUGCUCUGGUUUGGAUUGGUUCCAGUGUGUGUGAUUGCUGGAACCAACCCAAAGUAAGCCUGCCAAUUUGAAUAUGCCAAUAUCAUGAAGCAGCUUAGUAAGCAAGCCACUUCACAAUAUUGGCAAAUGAAUCACUUCCCCUGCUCACAAGAGGGCAGAGGAAGUCAAUUUUUUUUUUUACUGUAUAUAGACUAUUGCUGAUAUGCUGCAUCAAGUUAUUACACAAAUUUAACAAACCCAUGGUAGUGGAUUCGGCUGCAGGUAAUGUCUCAUCCAGCCCUUUAAGAAAAGACAAAGAAAAGUUUAAAGAAAAUACUGAUGCAGCACAUCAGCAAUAGUCUAU